UAGGUAUACACCUCCGGAAACUCUCACACAUGGGCACCAGGGACACAUUUAAGAAUGCUCAGAGCAGCCCAGCUGAGGUAAUGCGCGCAUUUUCUUUUACAUUCCAGGCACUGAGCGGGAUGGUAAAGACAACACUGCGUGGCCAUGGCUAACCCACACCACACUGGCUGCUGAGACCUGGAAUCUUUCAGAGACCUCUGGGAGACAUGAGGAAGAGAGAGGAAGACCAGAGCCACAACUACCCUGUCCCCCAGGCCCUGUCUUAUUCUUAGGUCACUUAGCUCUAUUGUACCACCUGCGUUAAUCCAUUUAUUACUACUUUGGGAUUAUAGCAAAAUGCAAGCAAUCUUCAAUCAAAUAUAUUCUCAUCCAUCACCUCCUUAUAAUCUAGCCUUUCUCACGUGUUUCUUGUAUAUAAUUAACUUUAAAGUAGUAGCCAGUAUUAUUUUUUAAAUCUGAUCGUCAGGGUUUCAUCCCUACUUCUCUCUGUAUUUUCAAAGACACAGCCUCAUUCUAGCUCGAAUUGCACAGCUAUUGGGUAUGAAUUUGGAAUGCUUUACCAAAGGUCAGUUACCUUUAGGGAAUGGUCCUUCUACUAAAUUGUGAUUCCCUCAAAGGACUUGCCUUGCUUGUAGUGGGCUGCAUAUUCAUGCCGGGUUCCAGGAGGCUCCUGGUUUAGGAAAACACCUAUGGGCAGAGUAAAAUGCUCUCUCCCAUGCUAAGCUUGACUAGGUUUCUCACUCUCUCUAAAUCAGAAUUUUCUUACAUACAUCUUAACAGUGCAUUUUACAAUAGGUUUUUUUUUUUUUUUUUAGGAUUUUUAUACUCUAGAUAUGUCAUGAAUGUUAAAUGCAAUUGCCCAAGAAAGUCCAUGGCUAUAUGACCCCAAAAUGACCCUUUAAGAAACAGUAAUGUGCUUCCUCCCUGCCCUUUCCUCGGAACUCCUCACCUUUCAAAAAGAGGUCAAAUAAGAUCAGUUGCCCUUUUUCUGCAGAAGGAAAUUAGAAUUAUAUUCUCGGUGUCCUGUUAGAUGCUGGUUCCUGGAGUGUUGGGGAUAGCGGAAGUGAGGUUCCACAGGAAAUUAGAGAGAAGAGCAUCCUCAGGGUAGAAAAGGCCACCUUAGCCUUGUGCCCCACAGACAAUCGCACCUUCUCCACCCCUUCAAGGGCACCCAAGCCUGUCCUUUGCUCAUCACCUUUUUAAACUGACAACUGCAUCUCCGGGAAUGGUUUUGGACUUUGCAGGCGUUUGGGGGUUUGGACAGUAUCGUCCUCACUACAGUGUGGUGGAAGUAGCAUCUGUCUGAUGGCCCGGCACUAUGCACCAAACUGGAGGUCAACUAGGGAAGGAGACGAAGGAUAGCGAGAGGAUUAGAAGUUCAAGUAGCUGCAGGCCGGGGGACCCACACAAACAGGCUAGGCAUACUGUGGCAUCCCAAGAGACAUAGGGGACAGUGUUGCCACCUCCGCCAGCUUGACCACCCUGAUUUCAGGUUCUUGAGGCUGACACCCCCUCCCCCCAAGUCCUGGCUCUCACCCAAGUCCUACCACAGGUGGGAGUGGACCACCAUGGUUUAAUUUCACUCUCCAUCUCAGAGCCAACUGCGUGGUGCCCUGAGUCAGACACCCGGCCAGGGAGAGCAUGUCCCGCGGGGGCGGCAGCAGGUCCGGGUGACGCCAGGGAGCCAGGGGCGGCGAGGUCACGCGCGGAGACCACACCGGCCCAGCCCACGUGUGCGCCAGAUUUAAAAGUUGGUGGCGCGCGGUGAUGGUCACUUCGGUGGCUGAGCUCAGCAAGAGACGCACAGGGGACCCGACGCUGAGGGGCAGCCAGAACACCCGCACAGCACAGGGUCCCUGGUGCCCCGUCCAGAGCUGCUUGGAAGUGAGGGCGAUGUCGCGAGCAGCGGGUAGCCGCCGGAGGCUGUCUGGGGGACAAGUGGCCGGUGCAUCCCCGCUGCUGCUGUCGCUGCUGCUGCUCCUCGCCUGCCUCCCGGACGCCUGCAGAGGUGCUCCAAUAUCACCUCAAAGAUUACAGCCAGAACAGGAACUACAAUUGUGGAAUAAGGUGCAUGAAGCUUGUUCAUCCUUUCUGUCUACUGAUCCCCGGUCCCAGGCAUCCCCCCCACUGAGGGAGCUUUGCCGAGCGGUGACGGAGAGCCUCCAAAAGCCUCAGGAAGAAAAUGAAAAAGAUAAUACUAAGAGGUUCUUAUUUCAUUAUUCAAAGACAGAGAAGUCAGGAAACUCAAAUAUUGUGUCGUCCAUUGUGCAUCCGUUGCUGCAGCUCGUCCCUCAACUGCAUGAGAGAAGAAUGAAGAGAUUCAAGGAAGAAUUCCAGAGUCCGUUUGCUGGUCAAAGUAGGGGAUACUUCUUAUUCAGGCCACGCAAUGGGAAGAGGUCAACAGGCUUCAUUUAAAAUGGAAACAAUGCGAUCUACUCACAUUUUGUUUUAAAAAAUGAUCCCUCCUAAAUUUACUCUGUGGCAAAUCCCUGUAUUGUAACAUUCUCCAUGAUAGUUGACAUUGUAAAUGUUUAAUUUGCUGAAAAUAAAAAAGCAUCUUAAAAAUC